AUUGGGAGAAAAAAGUUGCCAAGUCGAUAAUUAUAUGACUCUUUAUUUAACUUCAACCAAGAAGUGAAAGUCGAGUAGUUUUCAAUGUUAUGGCUAUGUAACAUACAUGUCUUCUGCAUUGCAAAAUAUUGAGUAAUGCGAAAAUUAUUAAGAUUAGGACAUAGUUGGUAAAUGGAACCUAAAGAGGAAUUAAGGUUACUUCAUUUAAGUGGCAGGUACUGGACUGGUGUGGUGUUUGUUUUUGCAUCUGACUUACAGAAAUAUUUAUUAACUACCUACUGAUUUAAUUGAUUUUUUAGUUACAAUGAAAUUUCUUGCGAUCUUUCUAUCAAUGACAUUAACAAAAAGUUACUCUUUACCAAUUGGCAGUGUAUCAUCUUCUGGAUCUUUCCGUAGCACUGUAGUUUUAACUCCAUUGGAAAAUUUAGGGGAAACCGUAGAUAAUGCUGUAUCUGUUUUUGCUAAAUCAAAAGCAUUCUCUGUUGUAACUCCCUUUCCAGAUUCUGGAAGGAAAAUGGCCAUUCUGGAACGGAAAUCCCUUGAAUCUUUACCUAUAAAAGUGGAUGAUAAAUAUGGUAAUUUGCAAGCUUUCGUUGCAGAUAUUGUAAAUCCCAAACCUUUAGUAGACACUAUUCAGGAGCAUGAGAAAUAUGGCAAUGAUGGGGAACACUUUAGGAAAAUAGCAAAUAAAGUAGUUGGGGGCAUAGAAGGACUGUCAAAUGUAUUGAAUACUGCCGCAGAGCUGCCAUUCACGGCUUUGAAACAUGUUGGUCAAACAGUAACGACUUCCUUUAAUACAGUGGGAGGAAAAUUAGUGGGAUUAUCGCAAUAAAUUUCUUGGAAAUCCUAUUUUUUAUUGUUAGUAUUAAUUGUUGUUAAAUGUCUUAUUGAUUUUGACAUAAUCUGUUAUUUCCUAUAAUGUACUUGUAAGAUGUUAUUUUAGUUUUAUAAUUUUUGUAUAUUUUUG